AUGAAAGAAGAUAAAAUGAACAUAGACUUUUUUGGUAAUCUUGCAAAAGAAACCCCUUUUCUACCUUGUGCGUUCUUCAUCGUUAUCGUAGCCUAUAGGGUGUCCUCAAAGUCCGUUGAACCACAUGGAGUGCGAACCGGAAUUGUUCCUAUCUUUGACGGUAGAAUAACGAACGAACCGAUCACAUUCACCUACACCACCGCUCCUCCACCGACAAAUUUUGUCCAAUCUUCUGCGUAUCCAGUACAAUUCAAGAGCCCUCGGAUCCUGCCUACUUUGAGUCCCAUCAAUUACAAGGACUCUCUAGUGCAGACCAAUUACAAAACUUUCAAUGAAAAAUGGCAGUACUCUCCAGCUCCGAUAGUGCCGUUAAACGAGAUUCGAACGACUCCAAUCUAUAAUCAGGCUCAAUACUACAAUGGUGCAGGCCGAUCUACAGUCUACUCCAUCUCCGACGACAAGCUCAAGCUCACCUUACAAAGAAAUAUGGUCACAUAUCAGCGACAACUGGCAGAACGUACGUCUCUGAAAAUGGUUCCUUUUGUAAACACUUCUCCAGUACUGAAACAGGAUUCAUCUGUAGGAGCUAUGGAGCCGUUUAUGGCCGAUCUUGCCGAGCAAAUGGGCCGAGUGGUGAACACGUUCAUAAAACAACAAAAUAGUCGAAUGAAAAAGUUUCAACAUCCAGUUAUCAAUCCUCUUCGAUUCUUCCGAAGUGAACGUUCUUCCAAAACUGAUGAAGAGGCUGGAACCAUGGUCACAGCGGUCCAACAGACUCCUCCCCUUCUUAUUCCAUCAUGCAUGGUUCUAGAAUCUUCUGAUAUACUUCGCGUCAUUCUCGUACCAACUUAG